UCUAGGUUUCUGGGCUCAGUGGGAACCAUCAUUAUAAAAUGCAAAGAUCUGCGAAUUAUUCAGCUGGAUAUUCCUGGAAUGGAGGAGUGUCUGAACAUUGCUAGCUCUAUUGAGGCACUUUCUACGUUGGAUUCUGUCACUCUUAUGUACCCAUUCUUCUACCGGCCCAUGUUUGAAAUAGUUGAGGAUGGAUGGAGUGCUUUUCUGCCUGAGAAAGAGUUUGAAGUCCUCAGUUCAGUGACAGAUGAAUGGCGUCUCAGCUAUAUCAAUAAGGACUUCUCCAUCUGCCCUUCCUACCCUCCAGUGGUUAUUGUCCCCAGAUCCAUCGAUGAUGAAACACUUCAGAAAGUUGCAGUGUAUCGCCAUGGCGGUCGCUUCCCAGUCCUCAGCUAUUAUCAUAAGAAGAACGGCAUGGUGAUGAUGCGAAGCAGCCAGCCUCUGACAGGUACAAACGGGAGACGCUGUAAAGAAGAUGAGAAACUUGUUAAUGCCACUCUUCGUCCUGGGAAGCGUGGGUACAUCAUUGACACGAGGUCCCUGAAUGCUGCCCAGCAGGCCAGGGCUAAAGGAGGAGGCUUUGAACAAGAAGUGUAUUAUCCCCAGUGGAGGAGGAUUCACAGGUGCAUUGAGAGGUUUAAUAUUCUGCAGGAAAGCCUCAUCAAACUCGUAGAAGCUUGCAAUGACCAGUCACACAACAUGGACCGCUGGCUCAGUAAACUGGAAGCUUCCAACUGGAUGACUUACAUCAAAGAGAUACUCACUGCAGCUUGCCUAGCUGCUCAGUGUAUUGAUAGGGAAGGUGCAUCAGUGUUGGUUCAUGGGACUGAAGGAACUGAUUCAACACUCCAGGUAACUUCUCUGGCACAGAUUAUCUUGGAUCCAGACUGCAGGACCAUACAAGGCUUUGAAUCUCUUCUUGUCAGGGAGUGGCUACAGGCUGGUCACCCUUUUCAGCAGCGCUGUGCCCAAUCAGCCUACUCAAAUAGCAAGCAGAAAUUUGAGGCCCCAGUGUUCCUUCUCUUUUUGGACUGUGUAUGGCAAAUCCUUCAUCAAUUUCCUUGCUCUUUUGAAUUCAACGAACACUUUCUUGUUACACUCUUUGAGCACGCCUACGCUUCACAAUUUGGGACUUUCCUGGGAAACAACGAAAAUGAAAGGUCUAAACUGAAGCUGCAGCAGAAGACUAUGUCCCUGUGGUCCUGGGUGAACCAGCCCGAAGAGCUGAAAAAUUUCCAGAAUCCUCUUUUUGAGGCCAACAGCCUUGUCAUCUGGCCCUCUGUGGCCCCACAGAGCCUGCAGCUCUGGGAAGGUGUAUUCCUACGAUGGAACAGGCCUUCCAGAUUCCUAGAUGAAGCUGAGGAAGAAAUGAGGAGGAUUAUAGACUACAACAGGUUUCUUCUGGAUAAGGUUAAUUCAAUGAGGAAGCAGAUAAUGCAGACAGAAACGGAGGACGGGAUGGACAGGAUGCAGGAGGUGCAGGAGGAGCAGGAGGAGCAGGAGGUGCAGAAGGUGCAGGAGGUUCAGGAGAUGCAAGAGGUGCAGGAGGUUCAGGAGAUGCAGGAGGUUCAGGAGAUGCAGGAGGUUCAGGAGAUGCAGAAGGUGCAGGAGGUGCAGGAGGUUCAGGAGGUGCAGGAGGUGCAGGAGGUUCAGGAGAUGCAGAAGGUGCAGGAGGUUCAGGAGGUGCAGGAGGUGCAGGAGGUUCAGGAGGUGCAGAAGGUGCAGGAGGUGCAGAAGGUGCAGGAGGUUCAGGAGGUGCAGAAGGUGCAGGAGGUGCAGAAGGUGCAGGAGGUUCAGGAGGUGCAGGAGAUGCAGGAGGUGCAGGAGAUGCAGAAGGUGCAGGAGAUACAGGAGGUGCAGGAGAUGCAGGAGGUGCAGAAGGUGCAGGAGAUGCAGAAGGUGCAGGAGAUACAGGAGGUGCAGGAGAUACAGGAGGUGCAGGAGAUACAGGAGGUGCAGAAGGUGCAGGAGAUGCAGAAGGUGCAGGAGAUGCAGAAGGUGCAGGAGAUACAGGAGGUGCAGAAGGUGCAGGAGAACCCGUGAGCUGCCAGGGCUUUGUCUCAGGUCUUUCUUUUCCAGUUCUUUUAGGUUAAAGAUUAAACAUGGAAAGUGCAUGUAUUGCAGAGUCCUCUGGUACAGCUGACCCUCAGUCCUCCACUGCUGAAACCUUCACUUCACACAAUGUACCUCCCUGCUUUUUGGGAGGGAAUUUUCUUUUGUUUACAGAAGGUACAACUGGGCAUAGUUUCCUUUCCUGGCAGCUUUCUUGUCUCUUACUUGUGCAGUGUCAGCAAAAGCUGGAACUCUUACCUCCACCCAGCUGUAUGGAUGACCACGAUGGGCCAAGAGAUGUUACAGAUUUAUUUUGGACUUUGAUCUUUUUUUUAUUUUAUUUUUGCUGAACUUUCUAAACAUUCUUUGCGGGAUUAAAGACGAAGUUAUGUAUAGAUAGGUUAAAGGCAUUCUAUCUGAGAGCACCUUUUCUCCUCAAGUAGUUAGGGCAGCUUAGUUCCUUAGUUUCCUAGAAAAGUUAUAAUCUAACCACACGACCAACCAGUCCAAACAAUGCUUUCAGUAGCCUUCACAUCUCAGACUUGGGGGUUUUCUGGUUUGGGAGCAGUAGGUUACGUACCAGGUAAGAAAUUUCAGUGCAAUACAGAACUGAAUAGGGAUUCUGCUGCUAAUGUUUAAGCUGUGACCUUCAGGUGGAAUUGUUCCUCGUGGACAAGUAACUCCUAAGGAAUAAAAAAUAUUUUUUAUUCUACCUGGAAAACAAAAAGGCUGUGAUUGCAGGAGGUGUAUUCACUUGCUGAGCAAAGCAAGGGACUUGGAGCUGUGCUCUUUAGAGCCACACUACCCUCUUGAACUUCUGUCUGUUUCCAUACAUUUGAACAGGUUCACGGUGCACAAGCAGCACUUAAUUUACUGCUCAGCAAAACAUUAUUACUCCAUUUUGUUUCUUCUCUCAUGCUCUUUCUGUAUGCUUUGUCAAACAUCCAAAGCUAAAGCUGAGUUGGCGUGAUCCAGCAUACCAGGUAGCUGCUGCAGAUGGGAAGGCUGUCACAUUACAGAAGUGUUAACAGCAGCUGCAAAUGACUUACACUAAAACUGUUCAAAGAUGCUGGAGAAGAUUUUCUUCCAAAUAAGUUCAUUUUGUAGUUAUUUGUCUCUGAGCCUGUAAUCUGCUAUUUUAUAAGGUUGUUCUGUUUUUUCUAAGUCUCUUUCUCCUUCAGAUAAGAAUGGUGUGGUGCAUCAACUCAUGUUGGUGUUUGUCCAACUAGAUUUCAUUGAUAGCUACCCAUAACUGAGGAGACUUGAAAUCAAUCAAGCAGUGCAUGUGGCUGGGAUUACUGUAAGCUGCUCACUGUUAGCCUGUUGCUGCUGAAACCAGUGCAGCUGCAUGAGGUCAAUCUUGACCUCUUUGACAAGUGUUGAAUUUAAGUGUCAUUUUUUUGAUGCUUUGGAUUGAAGCUGCCUUUGCUUAAAAGCCACUUAGCAUAAAGAUAUGAAAAUAGAGGCUCCUCAGUUGCCUUGGAAGUAUCUGGAGAGCAGCCUUCUGCGUAACACCUAAAAAUACCUUUUUAAAAGGUGUUCCAUAAUGAAGGAGACUGAUAUUAAGUCUACCUUAAUGCCUUUUGCUUCAGUCCUUAAUUUUCUUCUUGAGUAGCCUAAACUUCUAAAGUCCUGUGGCUUAAACACUUCAUUGUAACACCUGCUUCUUCCUACUCUCGUAGAGCAAACUUGUUCCCCAGAUUACAGCUGACAUAGGGAACACUUGUAUUUAUCAGAGUGGCUGAUGACCUGUAGCACACCACAAGGGAGAUGCAAGCUGGCCAUGCCUUUCUUCCACUUCCAGGCUCUGGAUUUUUGGAGCUGCCUGCUUAUAUUGCAAAUGAAAGCCCUGAAUAUUACUGCUCACCCUUCAGAGCUAUGGCUGUGCUGUCUGCAGCAGCCUGGAUGUUGUACUCCCAUCCCAUUCAGAACUUCUGCUGUUGCUAUAUGUCCAAAACACAUCAUCAUGAGUCAGACGAGAAGGAUUUGAAAGAUCCUGUACAUAAAACACACUUAAAGGUUAUGCAAUUUCCUAACAUAGUAAUUAUAUAUCGAGCUAAAUAAUAGAGGAGCAAAGAAGGUGGUUCUCUUUUCUUUUUUAAUGUAAUUGCUUGGCUGCUGUAGUCUCUUAUCUCUUACAGAAACUGCAGGCAUCUGGGGAGAUGGCAUGGAUUGGCAGCCUUGGUGUGAAAAUGACACUGUCAUUGUGAGCAGUGGCAGCAGGUUGUUCUUUUCCCCCCCCCCAGUUCUCCAAAUAGUUCCCUUUGUGCAGUGUUACAGUACUGCUGGGUGCUGUGUGGUAGAGCUCACCCAACGUCUGGACCCCACACAUCCUCCGGGGAAAACAAACGCUUCUCAGAUGUCUCAUGGCACCUGCAGUUCUUUUCACCUUUCCAUUCCAGUGCUUUCCACACUGUGGAGCACUCCAGCUGUUUGCUAGCUUAUGUCUAUCACACUUAUUCCCUUGCUUUGAUCAGCUUGCUUCCCCUCAGCCUGCAGGGCUCACCCCAUGGAGUUAACCACACACUGCUGUGUCUUCCCAGGCUGUGAGUGUGAUGCUGCUUUGCACAGCUGCUGGGAUGCCCGUUUCUGUUCCUUAGCAUAUAGCCUUUGUGGGCAGUGCAGACAUGCUGCCGUUAACCAAAAGAAAAAAGGGAAAAGGAAUCAAACUUGCACAGUUUUCACAAAGACAAAGGGAAAUAUGUACCUUCAAUAUUUUGAUUGUAUCGACCUAACUCUUGAAUGUGGAGACCUGUUGAAGUGCACUGUUGUCCACGUUGCAUACAGUGGAACUGAAAUUGCACUGUACAGCAUGUCGGCUUCUCGUUGUGCUUUGCUAAAGCCUUGGAAAGUGCUGUCGUGUACAGGUUCCUGUACAAGGGAAGAUGUCUGUAAUAGCACUCCUUUCUUGUAACUGUGACACUGAAUAGCACUGUGUGAUGUGUGCUAUCUAUCCGUCAGCCUGUGCAAACUGAAGUGAUGAGUGCACUUCUGUCUCAACAUCUGGAAUGGUUAAUUGGACUCGGCUGCUGCAUCAAUCUUCAUUGGAAAACUAAAUAUCAGGGCUGGGAGCUGUGUGUUGUUGUUAGAUGUAUGCUGAACAUGUACAGAAUCCUGGCUGCUGUGGUGUUGAAUAUACUGGGGGAAAAAAAAAUGACUGUGGUUGAAAUGGCUCAGCCAUUAGAGGGGGGAGAAACAGACACAAAAUGGCUGUAAGCUUCACUGUAGAUAUGUUGAGAAGAUAAUAGAAUUGUCUGUUCAAAUUAAAAUGUUCCAAUUAAAACCUUGAA